CUCGCGGCUUUGGCUGCAACAGGCGGCGGGCUCGGCUUGGGGGCGGAGGCGGCGAAAGGGCGGGGAGCGCGAGGAGGAGCGACCCGGCCCCACCGCUGCAGCCUCUUCCCCGCCGCAUGGACGAGCACCUCAGCCUUCUGCGCUCGCCGCCGCCGCCCUCAGCCCGCCACCGCGCCCACCCUCCCCAGCGCCCAGCGAGCAGCGGCGGUGCCCACACGCUGGUGAACCCCGGCUACGCGGAGCCCGCCUCAGGCCCCGAGCUGCCGCCCGACAUGACCGUGGUGCCCGGGGACCACCUGCUGGAGCCGGAGGUGGCCGAUGGUGGAGGGGCCCCGCCUCAAGGCGGCUGUGGCGGCGGCGGCUGCGACCGCUACGAGCCGCUGCCGCCCUCACUGCCGGCCGCGGGCGAGCAGGACUGCUGCGGGGAGCGCGUGGUCAUCAACAUCUCCGGGCUGCGCUUCGAGACGCAGCUGAAGACCCUUUGCCAGUUCCCCGAGACGCUGCUGGGCGACCCCAAGCGGCGCAUGAGGUACUUCGACCCGCUCCGCAACGAGUACUUCUUCGACCGCAACCGGCCAAGCUUCGACGCCAUCCUCUACUACUAUCAGUCCGGGGGCCGCAUCCGCCGGCCGGUCAACGUGCCCAUCGACAUUUUCUCCGAGGAGAUCCGCUUCUACCAGCUGGGCGAGGAGGCCAUGGAGAAGUUCCGCGAGGACGAGGGCUUCCUGCGGGAGGAGGAGCGGCCCUUGCCCCGCCGCGACUUCCAGCGCCAGGUGUGGCUGCUCUUCGAGUACCCCGAGAGCUCCGGGCCGGCCCGGGGCAUCGCCAUCGUGUCCGUGCUGGUCAUCCUCAUCUCCAUUGUCAUCUUCUGCCUGGAGACGCUGCCGGAAUUCCGCGACGAGAAGGACUACCCCGCCUCGACGUCGCAGGACUCAUUCGAAGCAGCCGGCAACAGCACGUCGGGGGCCCCGGCAGGAGCCUCCAGCUUCUCCGAUCCCUUCUUCGUGGUGGAGACGCUGUGCAUCAUUUGGUUCUCCUUCGAGCUGCUGGUGCGGUUCUUCGCUUGUCCUAGCAAAGCCACCUUCUCGCGAAACAUCAUGAACCUGAUCGACAUUGUGGCCAUCAUCCCUUAUUUUAUCACUCUGGGUACCGAGCUGGCCGAACGACAGGGCAAUGGACAGCAGGCCAUGUCUCUGGCCAUCCUGAGGGUCAUCCGCCUGGUGAGGGUCUUCCGCAUCUUCAAGCUGUCGCGCCACUCCAAGGGGCUGCAGAUCCUCGGGCAAACGCUGAAGGCGUCCAUGCGGGAGUUGGGGUUGCUCAUCUUCUUCCUCUUUAUUGGGGUCAUCCUUUUCUCCAGCGCGGUCUACUUUGCCGAGGCGGACGACCCCACUUCAGGUUUCAGCAGCAUCCCAGAUGCCUUCUGGUGGGCAGUGGUAACCAUGACAACAGUGGGUUACGGCGAUAUGCACCCAGUGACCAUAGGGGGCAAGAUUGUGGGAUCUCUCUGUGCCAUCGCCGGUGUCUUGACCAUCGCAUUGCCAGUUCCCGUGAUUGUUUCCAACUUCAAUUACUUCUACCACCGAGAGACAGAAGGGGAAGAGCAAGCCCAGUACAUGCACGUGGGAAGUUGCCAGCACCUCUCCUCUUCAGCCGAGGAGCUCCGAAAAGCAAGGAGUAACUCGACUCUGAGUAAGUCGGAGUAUAUGGUGAUCGAAGAGGGAGGUAUGAACCAUAGCGCUUUCCCCCAGACCCCUUUCAAAACGGGCAAUUCCACUGCCACCUGCACCACGAACAAUAAUCCCAACUCUUGUGUCAACAUCAAAAAGAUAUUCACCGAUGUUUAAUAUGUGAUACAAGUGACAUGCUGUGCUCAGUAUUGUGUGGAACGUGCCCCCUUGGUCUGCCUAUGCCCUUGUUUUAUACAUUUCCAGACCAUUCAUCAAGGAAAAGACCUGAAGAAGUGGAAAGCACACUUCAUUCUCCCUCUCCCUGCUGCUUCAUACUGAAACAGGUGCCUGUUUUGCAAGUGGGCUGCAUUCUCUCAGCUCUCCUUUUCCCUUACCCUCUCUCUCUUAACAUUGUAAACAACAGACUUACAUUAAACUUCAUUUCUAGUACACGCCCUAUUUAAAAAAGAGCAGUACAUCCUGGGAGGAAAUGAAACUAAAGAACAGUUAGAGUAACUGUUUAACCUCAGAAUUUUAAAGGCAGUUGUUUCUUUCCUAAGCACAUCGAUUCGUAGUAAAUGAUGCUUCAGUUUGAUGGACCUUUCAACAUUAUUUAUUGAAUAUGUAUUUCGGUUGCCUACCCUGUAGACAUGUGGAUGAAGAGUCUAACUAGAAUAAUGACUUGUAAACCCACCAUGAGUUAUUUGGUUUUUGACUUAAAUUCCUAUUUGAGUCCCCUUUCCCAGAAUUUUAAGGGUCUCUACAACUUUGAAUAAAGGGAAAUGCCCAAGAUGUCCUGAUCUGACUAAUUAGUUUAAUUCUUUCGGGCUUGCUAAGCAUUUCUAAAGCAUUAGACUAACAGAUUCCUGUGAAGUUCUGUGCAUAUGUCCCAGCCCCAACAUCUAUCAAAGUCUAGAAACAGAUGUUUUCAGUGUUGCUGAGAGAAACAAAAAAUUUCCUAAUGCAUCUGAGAGAUAAGCUUCGGCAGUAUUACAAGAAGAUUAAAGUGGCAGACGCCCCUUCCAGCGGAAGUUACUAAUUCGGACCUGACUGAUGCAGUUUCCAUAGCAACCCAUGUUUCCUGGGAAACCCGAAAAAGGUUGUCAUGGCAUCUCUUGCUCUCUAGCCCCACCUCCCAGCCCCUGCCGUUUCCACAGUAACCUUUCCAGAUGGUUCCAACUUAAAUGAUUUCAUAAGGAAAACCACUGUUUGAAUAAGCCGCACAAAAAAUAAAGUUAAGUCUGAGACUCUAAGGAGGUGAAAUGAAUCCCAAAUGCAUUUUUUAACUAUGAAAAUCAUUAUGUCAUUCCAUAAUGACUGAAUCAAGAAGGAAAAUAUGGUGUUUGGAAUGUUAGAUAUUAACCACAAUAAGGCAUGAUCUGGAUUAAAUGCCAUUUAUUAGGCAAUAAUUUUGAAAGAUGCUUCUCUACAGUUUUCUUUCUCCAAGAACUUUCAAGCCAACAAAUGAAAUUUAAAAGCAAAUGUAAAAGUGUUCUGUACAUAAGCAAAUGAGAGAUUCGAUCAGUGUGCCUGAAACCUUACUACAAGGGACCUUCAGGCUUUCUCUUUAAAAAAAAAUACAGAUCCCACAACAGCUCUGUCAUCAUCACAGCACUUGACAAGCUAAAUAAACUUCAAAUAAAUAAAGGAUGCACGUUUAAAACUGAGUGAAUUGCAGACAGUCAAUUAAAAGGAGGGACAGGAAGUAACCAGAUCUUGGGAGAACACCUGCAAGUUUCAGCCAUAUGCCAAGGGUUGCCAGAAGACAGACAGAAUCAGUUCCAAGUCCUUCCCACCUCUCAGCUGUGAAUAGAAGUGAUAAUCCUUCCCACUAAGAAAUGCAAAGAAGCACAUGUGCCCCAUAAUCUGAAGACUUAUGGAAACACUGUGAGAUAGAGAUCCCUGAAGAGCCCCCCACAUAAAGAACUGUAGAGCUGCACUGACCAGUAGGAUGCUCCAUUUUAAAUUGCCUGGAUCAAGAAUGCAGUAGCAGUUAUAUCACUGAUGGGCAGUGAUCCAUCUGCCAGCACAUAUUUUUAUUUCAGUUGACAUUAAAUAAUAUGUCUCUAACAAAUGCUUUAUAUAAAGGGAACAACUCUGAAGUUGGAGGAUUCGCUUCAUAAUGCACGCAUAUAAAAGAUAUGCGUGCAUAUCAAGAGAUGAAGAAUGCUAAAAAUAUUAAGGUAUCAUUGCAACCUUUUGACAUUUUGAUGAAAUUGAAUCAUCCAAAAACUAUAAUCAGUGCUGCAGAUAAAGAAAGCCUAAAAUUUGUUUCUAAGAAGCCAACUAUUACUGUUUUUUGUUUUUUUUUUCAAUUAAGUAGUGGACUGUGUUUAAUCAUGAGAUAUAGUCAUGUUCUGGGUUAUGUGCAACUUUAUUUGUGAAGGUGUGUUUUGUACCAAAGGCUCUCAUACAUAGAUUAGCCCAUUUACAUAUAAAUAAGUGAAGUCUACACUGUGCCCAAAUGAAUGGUGUUAAAGACAGGCUUGCCUAAAAGAAAUGUGCCUUGCUUGAUUAAACAUUCUUUUAUUUUUUAAUUCAAAAUGAUAAAUUUGCAAAUUAGCCUUAUAGGUUUUAGCUGAGCUGAACUUGACAAUGUAUUAGUACUUAUUACAUGUUUUAAUAUUCUAUCUUAAUUAAUAUUGUAACAUUUAGUUAUACUUUCAACAGUUCAUAUAUAAUAUAUUCAUUUAAUUUUGUUUUCAUGGGAUGUUUGGUGUGGUGAGACGAAGCACAUUCUUAAAGAUAUAUAUAAUAUUUCAUCUAAUGUUUAUAGCUUUUCCUUCAAAAUUAUAUAUGUAAAAGUUUCCUUAACUCAUUUUCUAUUUUUAUAUUCUUUUAGAAAUGGAACUCUUUUUCAAUUAAAAAAAAGUUUUAGUUGGAAAAGAGAUUUAGGAGGUCAUGAAGAUGGCUUCCCAUUUGGGGACAUUUCACUUCUGUGCCAUUAAUGUAUUUACUGUGACAUUUCAGCAGAAUGGUAGCUAUUUGUAUAUUAUUUCAUAAGCCUUAUGGAAAGUCAAACUGUGAAAAUUUAUUAUAUAGAACCCUUUUUUAUUUCCAUAUUUUAGUUUCAAAAUAUACCUGAACAAAUGCAUAAAUAACCAAUCCUCUGUUAUUUAAAUGUAUAACCAUGCUAUGUUAUAAUAAGAGCACUUGUAGAAUUUUAGUAACUAUAAAAAUAUUUCAGUAGCAAAGCCAAGAUUAUAAAUGUUUUGAUCCCCUACAGAAUGGAAUACAAGUGAUGAAUUGCAUUGUAUGAGAAUCAGUAACUAAAACAAUCUUAUACCUGCAGCCAAACAGAUAGAUAAAUAAGAGAUACAAUCUAGGUAACUUUCUUUGAGGCAAAGUCUACAAUGAAUGUCUCACAAUCUGCUGGUAAUUUCUUUGUGUCAAAACUUUGAGACCAGAUCACUACAGGAAAAAAUGAAAGUCUGACAGCUAUCUCAGAUUUGAGCUAUGUGAACUUUAGUCAAGAUGAUUUGUGAUUAAAGUGAAAAUAUGGCCACUGCCUUGUCUUUGUUCUACGUUAGCCCAUUUAGUACAGAUAUGGGCCUGGAGAAUAGUCAGUCAUUGCAGCAAACAUAAUCCUUAUAACUAAUUAUCACAGCCUGGGUAGCAGUAAAGUAAUGCACAUUAGCUACUGGGAUGAUUGAAACAAACUGAUCAACUGUGUUACAGGAGGUCUUAGACAUUCAGAUGUUUUAGUAAGGAUCAGUAGGUGUUACAAAAAUAGACAUAAAAACUACCUUUAUAAAACACCAAUGAAACAACUUUAUGCAUUAUAGUAUAUUUAAUAUCUGAAUUAUUAUUACAGGUUACAGUUUCAAAUAAAGACAAAACCUGCAUUUUUGUGAUAAAAGCACAGGAUGGUGUCAGAUGAGUAAACUGUCAUACUGAAUAUGAUUCACAGAAAGGAUAGUAAAAAUGCUACUGGUUUAGAUAACAGUAGACCAGAAUUUUUAUCCACUUUCUACCUGUGGCACCUUAGGUAAAUCAGUUACAUUACUAGGCUUCAGUUUGCAGGCUUGAAUUGCAAGAUGGGUGUGCUGGAUUCAAUGAUCUCCAAAGCCCUUACCAGUCCCCAAAUUCUCAUUAUACACAUUUGAGAAAUGCUUUGAAGAAAACUUAGGGCCGGGUGCGGUGGCUCACGCCUGUAAUCCCAGCACUUUCAGAGGCCAAGGCAGGUGGAUCACAAGGUCAGGAGUUCGAGACCAGCCUGGCCAACAUAGUGAAACCCCAACUCCACUAAAAAUACAAAAAUUAGCUGGGCAUGGUGGUACAUGUGUGUAGUCCCAGCUACUUGUGAGGCUGAGGCAGGAGAACCGCUUGAACCCAAGAGGUGGAGGUUGCAGUGAGCCAAGAUCAUGCCACUGCACUCCACCUUGGGCAACAGAGUGAGACUUUGUCUCAAAAAAAAAAAAAAAAGAUAGAAAACUUAAGUACCCAGAUUUUCUUAUGCAGGAAAGAAUACAUGAAGUAAGAUUUAAGCCUUGAAAGUAUCAUAAAUACAUCAUUCUUCAAAUUGAUUGUGAUGAAAGGAAAUAGGAUUCUUUCUCCUUAGAAUUUUCACUGAUCUAUAAUGGGAUCAAAAAAGUAGAAAAAUCAGUCUGCAGAAUGAAAACAGAUUAAUGAAAUAGCUAGAAAGGAGGGGAGAGCAUUUGUUUAGUUAAAUGUUAAGGUAACUUGAAAAUUAUCUAUGAAAUGCUAAAACUGUACUAGAGCCUUAUUGCACACUCAACAUUUUAAGCCUGGGAGCAGGGGAAGGUGGGAAAAGGUUGGAGUGAUAGAAUUGUUUGCCUUAUGAUCUCUUGACUCCUUUUACACAAGAAGCAGAUUGGUAGAGCUUAAGCAGGUGUCUGUGCUGUGGUGCUGGCUCUGCCAAAAACUCUCAUAUGCCCUAGAAAACUUCCUUUAACUUCUCUGAGCCCGAGUUUAUCUGUAAAGUGAAGACUUUUUAAAUUUAGUAAUCUGCAUGUCUCUUCAUCUCUGAGAAUUCUAUAAUGUUUUCAGAUUGUUAUAUGUGUACAUGAACAUGUUGCUUCCCUCUAGUCACUAAGAUGCCACAUAUUUCUACUCGAGUGACUGAACAGAUUGCAAGUCCAAAUGUUCUUGUUUCUAAUUCUAAUAAUUGACCUCAGCAAGACAUAAAAAAGUAAAAAAAAAAAGUAAUCUUACCUUUUAUUUUGACCUUGGCUUUAAAUUAUUAUGAUUUAUCAUUUCAUCUUUGAAUGCUGAGUGAAUUACCUAAACAGAAUGUCUGUUCCAGUUAAUCUUCUCUUUAAAUUUUUGUAGUUUAAUAAACAUGCAGCAAAUCAGAAGCAAGUAUAUCAUGCUUAUCGAUGAACUGUAGCAGAUUGUAAUGGUGCAUUUUUGUCACAUUAAAAAGUUAAUGUCCUUUUGGUCCCAGAAGCAAUUACUAUAAUUUAAAAUAAUGUUUUUGAAUACAAAGGAGCCCUAAUAGAGCCAUAUUGUAGUUCAUUUUGCUCAGGAGUGAGAAACAAAAUUCAGGGAUAACCCAAACAUGUCUGUUUGGCAAUAGUGGAUAGUUAGGUAAAGAAGGGUUAUAGCUUUUGCACAUCACAGGUAAGAGGCAACUAUACCUAUUGAAAAACAGCAGUAUAUUCUGGUUCCUGGUUUUAUGAUGGAAAGAUAUUAGAAUGAUACUAAAAUUUGGAUGCUUGGGAAAUUGAAUAAUAUAGAAAUAUUUUGUCAUACUGAGAUUAUUUGUCCAGAAGUUUAGUCUUAUAUCCCUUCCAUUCAGAAAAGGGGGCAGUUUUUAAAGGCCUCUGUCAUAAUAGGAAAUGUAUAUUUUGACUAGUGGAGCAAUUAGUUAAAACAUUUAAUCUGAUCAUUUUGGUUUUAUGAAUCUGAAUUUUCACUUUAGGUGUAAUUGAGUCGCUUAUGUAUUACUGUGAUCUUUGUGAGAAGUGAUUUCGUCCAUUUUUUUAAAUUUGAUGAAACUUGAUAAAUGGUGAUUCUAGCAUAUUGUGUUAAUACUGUAUCUUACAACAAUUUGUGAACUGGCCGACAUAAACAAAUCAUAGUAGUAUCUCUUCUGGUAAGUUGUUUCUAUAUGUGAUCUCUUAAUGCUGGGUUUGGGGGUGGGGAUGGGGUUAAGUAUUUAGUUUACUUUAAACUGUCAAAGUGUUUUUCUUAAAUGCCGUAAAAUUGUAUGACUAUAAGCCAAAUAAGAAUAUUCUCUUUUUUCGCUUUCAAGGGCACUGUAUAGACCAUUUUUGAAACUAUCCCACAGAAUGGUAUAAUUUAAGUUUAAAAGUUCUUACACACAUACACACACACAAAUAUAUAUAUACACAUUCAGGGGAAAGCAAACAGUGUAUGUAGUAUUUCUACGUGACAUGCUACAUGUUAUAAGAAUCUAUUUUUGAAAUCUUAUACAGAUUAUGCAGAAGUCAGAAUAACAAAUACAACACCUCAGUUUUUUUAUAGAGUCUAACGUUAGUUUACUUAUAAGAUUUGCUUACAUCAUACUUUGCAAAGAUCAUUCACAUAAUUUAUUUAAUGUUGAAAAUAUUUAUAUGAAGUACUAAUGUCAUCUGAAGUUUAGAGAUUAAACAACCAAGGUUUAGAAAGAUCAAAUGACUAGUCCAAGAUAAUAUGGCCAAUAAAUGGCUCUAAACCUCCUCUGUUCUUUAUGCUAUUCACCUUUUGUCAUGUUAUUUUUAUCCUGUCAUUGCCAUUAUCUUUAAAACUUCGACAAAAAUUUAAUUUUAAAAGUUACAUUGGGAAUUUUCAGAUUUUAGUGCAAAGACAUUGUUGCUGUUCUUGUCAGACCUUUUUAGAUACUUCCAGACUAUAGCCCUUCCACAGGGUGAUAUUCAAACAUUUUCCCCCUAAAACAUAUAAGUUUGCACACCCUGACCACAGACACUGAAUUCACUUGAUGUCAGAAUGCUAGACUAAAAAUUGAUCUUCUUGACUGACAUUUCUAAUCUCCCUUUUUAAAAAUCCAUCAUAAGGACUGACUUCUGAACAGUUGAGUAAAGCAGUAAUCAAUCCAAGAAACUGCAUCCAUUCUGAUUAAGAGGAAAAAAAAUCCAACCUAGUGACCAUUUUUCAGCAUAUUGUAUUUCAUCACAUUUAUUCUGUGAUUAGUGGAGGACAGAGAAGAGGGACUGGGGAGAAAAACUGCCUUUAUUUUAAGAAAGCUCAUUUCCUGUAACUAUUCAAAAAGAAUUGAUUAUCAAGUGUUAGAUAACAAUAUUACUAACAUUUAUCAUAGUUCAAACAUUUAGUAAAAUUUCUCCACAUAUUUAAAAUUUUACUUAAGAAUUUUCCCAGUUAAAAUAUAGUGACUGCUUAGUUUGAAUAAGGAAGACAUUCGUUUCAAUUCAUGACACAAUAUUACAUUUUUAUUCUUUUCUCAGACAACAGGGAGACACUGUUACUGCUUUCCCUUGUAAGUCAACAGUCUGUGAUACAUGCUGUACUUUUACUGAUUAGCAAUGCAAUGUUACUGUGAAUAUUUAACUAGAACUUAUUAUAUUGGAAUUUAAAAUUUUCUAACAUUGAAUUUAGUUCUCUUCAUCAAAUAAAUAAGCAAGCAUUAUUUUUAUGAAACGAAAUAAUCAUUCUUAAGCAGUGAUAAUAAUGGAAUUCUGAAUAAGAUGUAAAAUCAAACAUUCUAUUUUUUCCUGUUUAUCCUUUGACAUUGAGUUGUUUUAAUUUAUUACAUAUUAUUGUUAAGUUGAAAUAAGCUUUAUACCAUGUUCUCUGAUGUUCUUGUCAUAAUAAUUUGGGGCCUUUUGUUAAGUAAAUAUCAGAAAAUAUCUGUGAGUUUUGAUUAUGAUAUUUUCAUCGGAUUGAUUUUUUAAAUUUCUCAUUGGAUUUAAAGUGUUUUCUUUGCUAAUGUUAUAUACAGAAUUCAAUAAAAGACCAAAAAAAA